UCAAAUUUAAUCAUUCAAGACUUUUGUGAUAUUCGUCGUCGCAAUCUAGAAAUGGGAUAGUGCAUGGUCGCCAUCCCUUAAUUCUUCACAGCAUUGAUGAGGGCAUUGGCAAGAAUAGCGGCGCCUCGCAAUGGGAUCCCCUUAACUAUCACCGUUCCAUCAGCAACGAUUUCAGCCUACGGCUUCCUUAGCCCUAUUGCACCAGUCUCCUCAGGAAGCGUACGUUGGUCUUCAUCUAGUUCAUCUAGUUCAAGAUGGAAACAGCGGCAAGCAACCGAUUUCUACGCGCGGGAGGCCAAGGUCUAUGGUCUUAAAAGCCGCGCUGCAUUCAAACUACUUGAAAUGGACUCGAAGUAUAAAUUGUUCAAGAGAGGGCAGACAAUAAUCGAUCUCGGAUAUGCACCGGGAAGCUGGUCCCAGGUAGCCUUUGAGCGUACGAAGCCAAAUGGGCGCGUGAUCGGAAUCGACAUUAUUCCGGUGCAGCCACCGAAGGGGGUGACGACUAUACAAGGCAAUUUCUUGUCACCAAAUGUCCGCCAGCUCGUGAAAGAUUACCUGGUUGAGUUCGCGCAACGACAGAGUCCGUCUGUUCCUGAGGUUGAGCCAUCGGAGGAAGGGGAACCAAUCAUCACCGAGCGACAGAGUUAUAUCGAUACCGAACGUGCUGAAUCAGUUGAGUCAGAACACUUAGAGGAGAACGAUGGAAGACUUGUAGAUGUGGUUUUAAGCGACAUGUCAGCCCCCUGGGAGCAAACCACCGGAUUUUCCAGCAGAACGUUAAGUAACCCGUAUUUCAGGAUGAUGAACGCGAGCGGUAUGAGCUUCCGAGACCACGCGGGUAGUAUGGACCUCUGCCUUGCGGCCUUACAAUUUGCAAGCGACACUCUGAAAUCCGGCGGCCAUUUCGUGUGCAAAUUCUACCAAGGUGCCGAAGACAAGGAUCUCGAGUUAAAACUUAAGAAAAUGUUCGCAAAAGUCCAUCGUGAGAAACCAGACUCAUCGAGAAGUGAAUCCCGAGAGUCGUUUUUCGUGGCAUUGCGCAGGAAAGGGGAAGUUACUCUUACUCUCUAACACGAGAACUUUUUAACCACCCAGCUUCACUGUACAUCAUUUGUAUUACUUUCUAUCUGGAAAGUGGAUAGUUAAUAGCAUCAUAUGAUAUAAUGUAUCAUAUUGGAUUGACAUGCACCUUUUAGGUUUCAUGGGAUAUGAUGGAUAUUAUGUAUGAAUAUUGCUAGGACUGUUCUUGUACUCUAGUAUCGACAACCAACGAACGCAAUUCCAAAAAAAAUCA